GGACUCGAGUCCGGGUCCGCGCGGGAACGCCAUGAGCGCGCGCCCGGGCCAGUGACCCUCUCGGGGAUGGACUGCGGCUCGGUCGCGGGCGAGAGACCGAAGCACUCGCUGAGCCGCCGGCGGCUCCUGCUCUUCCUGCCCUCGGGCCGCGGCGGAAGCCUAGGCGGCCGCGGAACCCCCACGCGCCGCUACGUUUCCCUGCUGCCCUGCGGGCUGGGGUCGCUGCGGCCCCGCGCCGCUGGGGCCCGCGGGGGCCCGUCACGUGCGGCCCCGCUGCUCCUCCUCCUGCUCGUGCCCUCCCCGCGGCUGGUCGCCGCCGCCCCGCGCAGGCCCCUGGCCGACUGGGGGCGCUCGCGUCCUGGCCCCGCCGUCCCCGCGGCCGGGCGCGGCGGCGCGUGGAGGUGCGCGCUGGGCCGCGCGGGCGCGGGCGGCGCCCUCCACCUGGGCCGCGGCGUGGCGGCCGCGCUGGCUUCCUGCAGGCGAGAGCUGAGCCUGUCUACGGGGUGCCUGCAGCUGGAGCACAGGACAGAGUUCACCUCCUCUGGGAUUAGGAAGCUCUACUUUGACACCCAUGCCUUGGUGUGCCUGCUGGAAGAAAAUGGUUUUACUACUCAACAAGCAGAAAUCAUUGUCUCUGCACUGGUCAAGAUCAUGGAGACCAAUAUGAACAUCGUCUACAAAGACAUGGUCACCAAGGUACAGCAGGAGAUCACUCUUCAGCAAAUAAUGUCUAAGAUUGCUAAUGUGAAAAAGGAUAUGAUCAUUUUGGAGAAGAGUGAAUUUUCAGCUCUCAGAGCAGAAAAUGAGAAAAUAGAACUUGAACUACAUCAAUUAAAGCAACAAGUAAUGGAUGAAAUGAUCAAAGUCCGGACAGAUACCAAAUUAGACUUCAAUCUGGAAAAAAGCAGAGUAAAAGAAUUGUACACAUUGAACGAAAGGAAGCUGCUGGAAUUGAGGACAGAAAUCAUGGAAUUGCAUGCCCAGCAGGAUCGUGCCCUGACGCAGACAGAUAGGAAGAUAGAAACGGAGGUCGCUGGCCUCAAAACCAUGCUUGAGUCGCACAAGCUCGACACCAUCAAGUAUCUAGCAGGGUCUGUAUUUACAUGCCUGACAGUAGCUCUGGGAUUUUAUCGCCUGUGGAUGUAAUAAAGGUGUCUAUUUAAAGAGA